CACCUCAAGUCUCACGAUGAAGACCAUUCUCCUCCUGUGCUUCGUGGCGCUGGCUGUGGCCGACAAGAGCGCCAAAAUCGCCAACUUCCAGUACGGCAUCGAGGAGGAUGGUUCUUACGAGGCCACGUACGAGACCACCAACGGGAUCAGGUCCAACGAGGACGGCAUCUCGUACCCGGGCAACGAGCCGGAGACUGGCAACUACGUGAGGAGUGGCUCCUACUCGUAUGAGUGGGAGGGCGUCACCUACACCGUCAACUGGACUGCCGACGAGAACGGCUUCCACCCGGAGGGUGACCACCUGCCCGACUUCAGCCACACCCGCGAGCACAUCGGAGGCGUUGAGGGUGCCUAA